UCAGACCCUUUUGGGCCUGUUAGGGACUCUACUAGAAGAGGAAAAGUCACAGUGGCAGGCUAAGCUGCCAGCCUUGCUUCAGGUAUAUAAUAACACCACACAUAGAACUACCAACCUGACACCCCAUUUCAUGGUCUUUGGACGCCACGCACGCUUGCCAGUAGACUGGAUCCAUGGAGUAACAGUGCAGGGGGAUACCCAUGUUACAAAUGGCUGGGUCCAACACCAACACCAGCUCCUAGGGAAGGUCUACCGCUUGGCCCAGAAGCACUCCCGGCAACAACAAGGACGGGACAAGGCACGUUACGAUCGGCGGGCCCGCGCACCAGACCUUCUUCCAGGGGAGCGGGUUCUGUUAAGACAUUUCCGACGACGAGCACAGGGUAAGCUGACACCCCGUUGGCUCCCCACACCCUUUGUGAUUGUGGAAAGGGUGUACCCAGACGGACCCGUGUACCUCAUUAAGCCGGAGGGAAGAGAGGGGCCCACCAAAACUGCUCACCGCAACAAUCUUCGGCCUUGCCCUGUAACUUUCCCCCAGGAACCUACAGUGGCAGUGGAACCAGAACCACCACUAGGGCGAACCACAAGCCAGAGUGGCACUGGUGUAAACCAGAGGAGGACCUACUGGCCCCUGACCUUUUAUGGUCGAAGACCGGUACCUCCAAGAGAGCCCGAACCCCCAGCAAUCCCUGAAGACCCUCUCUAUGGGCCAGACAGCCCCGUCCAAGAUGCGCCAGCCAGCGCCGAUCCUGGGCUGUCCGGACCCCGGGUUGCUGCCGCUCUCCAAGGUACCAAGGACCUACCCCUGCGCCGCUCCACCCGUUCCACUCAAGACUUCUCCUUGGGGCUCACUGAUCACUCUAUUGCUUUCACCUGGACUAAUUAACGGGACACUUACCUACCAACCUAUCUGCGGGAGCGAGGGGCAAAGAGGGGGAGUACAAAAAGAGGAAACAACGGACGUACCAGAGACACGGCAGGGACAACGAGACGGUGGCAGACGAACCGAGCGGCUGCAACGGAUGGAAACGGACGAGAGCACGCCAUCUUCACAAGGAGCUGCCGUUGUUGGGUGAUCGAUACGCACACUUCCUAAACUAAGGGACGUAAGCCUUUCCUGACGUUUUAAACGUUCUAUUGCUGCUGACUACGUGGCCUAUAUAGUGUGUUUAUAUUGUGCCUGUUUAUCCGAGGGUUGCUGAUUCCCACUUCCGGAUUGGAACUACACCUUCCAUCGGUACGACGAGAAGCCAGCGUGAAUUACAACUCAACGCCCCCAAUAUGCAGCCUAAAGGAAAGUAAAACAUCUACUCCCAUCCUAUUGUGUUGCAUAUUAAACCGACUGAGUUGUAAUUGUUCCUUUUGUGUUGGCGUUGGUGGCUGGGCUGGGAGGCCGUGACUGACGUCACUGGGGAAUUCCAGGGAAGCCCUUCGUCGGAAGGGGGCGUCGGCCACAACGUCACUCCAAGCCCUCUGCAGGCUACACUGGAAAGAUCACGGCUGGAUUUACCACAAACGGACCCCAGCUGCCGGACAGCUUGUGACUGGACUUUCCUUGUGGACAUUUACCUUGUUUUAAAAGACUGCUUUUAAAACAUAAAUUAUCUUUAACUUGUUUUAACAAAUAAAACUAUUUUUGUAAUUAAAUACUGUUGGUACUUCUGUGUCCUGGGCAUUCGUACAAUUAAGGAGGGGUCAUA